CGCAAACAAAACAAAUUAUGGCUAAAAAAACUCUCAUGUUUUUUCAAAUUAUGUUUACUUUUAUUUUUAUAUUUACCAUUGUAAUUGAAGGCUUCCCUAAAUUUAAUUCCGAUCAGAAGUGUUAUGGUGACAAGGAUUGCCCUAAAUUUCUGUGUAUGCCUCCUAGUGUUCCAAAGUGGUUAAGGAACCAUUGUCGAUGUGUUGACAAUUGAAUCUCAUCCUCAAAAGUUAUAAAAAAUUGUCAUUAGUGCUACCAUUAUUGAUAAUAAUUUUACCUUCCCCACUUUUUGAUCAAGUUCAAAAAUAUAUUUGUGGUAGUUCAAAAAUUGCGGACCCCAUAUAAAUUUUAUGUGAUCCAUGUAAAUUUUGACCAAUAAAGGAGAGCGUGUUAGAAUAUGUGUUAAAGAGAGUAUUUCUAACACUAUUUUGCAUGAGUAUAACAUAAUAUUGUAGAAAUCACUUAUUAGAAUCGGCCCAGCAUCUUUUGAGACUUGGGUCGGAAUUAAAGAUGAGGCUUUUUUAAAGUAAUUAAGUAAGUUUUUAAAUAUUUUUAGAGGCCUGAGUGGAUAGUCUUAUUGGCCUUACCUAACUAGUGUAUAAAAUUGAAAGUGAGUUAUCUCCUAAUUCACAUAUUAUAUGUAGGGGUCGAGGUUCGAACUCCGAACACCACACUUAUCCACUUUAAGAUGAAAUUUCUAACCAUUUGACUUUUUGACAAAAAAAAAAAUUGAAAGUGAGUUUCUUACAAAAUAUUUUCUUUUUAAGGAAUUAAUCUCUCAAAAUAUAUUUUUUUUAUAAAAUAAAAUACUUUGGAAUGAAUAGGGUUAACGUUUCGUUAUCAAAGAAGAAAAAAAUAGGGUUAACGUUUUGUUCCGUUCCUUAGUAAAAAGAACACUCACAAAAGUUCACAACACAACAACAAAAAUUCCACUGUGCUGCAGCAAAUCAAAUGGAUAAUGGUGUUGAUGCCGGUCAGAAGCGACUAACCGAGCAAGAUGCAUUAGCGUUUCUUAAGGAUGUAAAAGUUGCGUUCCAAGAUGAGAGGGAAAAAUAUGAUGAGUUUAUAAAAAUUAUGAAGGAUUUCAAGGCUUUCGAAAUUAAUACAAUUGGUGUCCGAUCAAGAGUGAAUGAGCUGUUUAAAGGACAUAAAGAUUUAAUUUUGGGAUUCAACAACUUCCUGCCAAACGGGUAUAAAAUGGGUGAUGGUGUUGAUGCUCGUCAGAAUCUAACUAUGAACGAUGCAUUAGGGUUUCUUAAGGCCGUAAAAGUUGCUUUUCAAAAUGAGAGGGAAAAGUAUGAUGAAUUUCUAAAAAUUAUGAAGGAUUUUCGUGCCAAAAGAACCGAUACAAUUGGUGUCAUUUCAAGAGUUAAGGAUCUAUUUAAAGAGCAUAUACAUUUAGUUUUGGGAUCAACAACUUCCUGCCAAAUGGAUAUGAAUUUAUCAUUACUAAUGAGUUGAUUAUUCAACUUAUUUCACGUAUGUAGGUUAUAGAAUUCAUAUAUAUGUAUACAAAUACUACGUUUUUGUCCGUCCUAUAACGUGAUACGUGCUUAUUGCCUAUAGUUUACACUAUAUACGGUAGAAUACUUUUUAAUAAAGUGCUUAGUUAUAGUUUGUUUACCAUCAAUUACUAAAAUGCAUAGUUGUUAUAUUAUGUACUAUGUUGUUUUACUUCUCAAAUUGUACAUAUGAUGUGGUCACAAUAUUGCAGUUGCGAUAAUGUUUGCAACCCACCAUCACAAUGGAGUUGCCCAUUGUGAUGUGGUUGUAAUUUUUAAAUCACAUUAAAAACAGCAUCGCAAUGCUGCAAUGUAGUGGUGCAGGGGAACGUCACCACACAAAUUAUUAAUUGAAGAUGUGUCUGGUUUUUACACCGAUA